UUUCGGGUCUGUGGUAAGGGGUAGUGCCAAUCCGAGCGCUCCAGGACACUCGGACUCUGGUGGUCGCGGUGCCCGGACGUGCCAGCCGUCACAAUACCCACCGAGAACCCCAGGCUUCCACCACCACAAUGAAAGCCAUCAGCCCGGUGCGGUCCGUCCGGAGCUGCUACGAGGCCGUGUGCUGUCUCUCGGAGCAGAGUUUGGCCAUCGCCCGGGGGGGCAACAACAAGAGCCCCGCCCUGGAGGAGCCCAUGAACUUGCUGUACGAUAUGAAUGAUUGUUAUUCCAAACUUCGGGAGCUGGUGCCGGGCAUCCCGCAGGGCACCAAGGUGAGCCAAGUGGAGAUCCUCCAGCAUGUCAUCGACUACAUCUUCGAUCUCCAGAUCGUGCUGGAGGAGGGGGGGGGCAAGGGUCGCGACCAUUCCUCGGAAGCCACCUUGUUGUCCUUAAAGGCGGCCGGGCUGGCAUCGGAUCUCUGCUCCAAAGACGAGAGAAGUUUGUGUCACUGAUGGCUGCUCCUGCAGCAAACAGCAGCGAGCGGCGGUUCCUGGUUCGUUAUCAGCCGGAGAUAAAUAGCAGCUUCCUCCGCGGCGCCGGGCUGUCUGCGACC